UAUUAUUUUUUGUGUUCUUGAAAAAAAGUUGCAAGGAAACAGAAUGAUGCCUAUGGUUGUAAUAACUCCCUUGUUUUUUUCUCUAUUGCUUCUGUUUGUUAUCCUCCCACACUGUCUGAUCGUGGCACAGGUUUCCUCCAUAGAUGCGGUGUGCUCGGAUGCCAAUUUCACUGCUGGUAGCCAAUUUGAUAUCAACCUGAACCACACCCUCAACCGGUCACCGCUUUACAUUGAUAAUAAUAGUGGCAAAGCGAUCUACCCCAACGUGACAGAAGGGGAUGACCCAGACAAAGUUUAUGCUCGGUUCCUCUGCAUCGGUGAGGUUUCCUUGAGUAACUGCCAGAAUUGCCUCGAGCAGGCAAGCAGUGAGAUUGUAAAAAGAUGUCCCUUCAGAAAAGAGGCAUAUAUAUGGCAUAAUGUGUGUUUUAUUCGCUACUCAAACAGAUCUUUCUUCUCUACCAUGGAGAUAGGAUCACCAAUUUGUGUUAUUGUUCUUCAAGACCUACCCAAAUAUGGUUUGCAGGAAAUAUUCACUAAACUGAGAAGUGAGGCAAUUUCCAAUACUUCUAAGCCCACUAUGUAUGCAGACAGAGAAGAUCCUAUCUCAACUGAUUGGAAAUUGUCUAGCAUGGCACAGUGUACAGCAGACUUGUCACCAACGUAUUGCAAUUCUUGCCUGUCUGGUGUAACUGAUCGUAUUCAAACAUGCGCAGCUGGAAAGAUAGAAGCGAGAACUUUCACACCAAGCUGUAUCCUUAGUUAUAGAAAGGGUGGAAUCUCAUCACAAGUACUCAUUGCCAUCAUUGUCCCAAUUGGAGUCUCUGUUUUGCUUUUUGUUGUAUGCUUGUCCUUCCAAAGUAGGAAAACAAAGAAGAAAUAUGGUUCCAUUGCAGAGGAUAAUGUUGGGAAUGAAAUUACAACGGAACAAUCCUUGCAAUAUGAUUUGUGUACAAUUCAAUCUGCCACAAACAACUUUUCUGACCAAAACAAAAUUGGUCAAGGUGGAUUUGGACAUGUCUACAAGGGUAUACUUCCUAAUGGAUCAGAGAUAGCAGUGAAGAGGUUGUCUCAAAACUCAGGGCAAGGUGCAGAAGAAUUCAAGAAUGAAGUUGCAUUGGUAGCCAAACUUCAACAUAGAAAUCUAGUGAGGCUACUGGGAUUUUGCUUAGAAGGAGAAGAAAAGAUACUCAUUUAUGAAUUUGUGCCCAACAAAAGCUUGGACUACUUACUAUUCGAUCCACAACAAGAAAAGUUGAAUUGGUCAAAACGUUACAAGAUUAUAGGAGGGAUAGCUCGAGGGAUGCUUUAUCUUCAUGAAGAUUCCCGACUUAGAAUUGUACAUCGUGAUCUCAAAGCUAGCAAUGUUCUAUUAGAUGAGAAUAUGAAUGCAAAAAUUUCAGAUUUUGGAAUGGCUAGGAUCGUCGGUGUGGAUCAAACUCAAGGAAAUACAAGUCGAAUCGUUGGGACAUAUGGUUACAUGCCUCCAGAGUAUGUAAUGCAUGGACAGUUCUCAGUAAAGUCCGAUGUAUUUAGUUUCGGUGUCCUAAUUUUGGAGAUCAUAAGUGGCAAGAAGAUCAGUAGUUUUUACCAAUCAAGCUAUGCUGAGGACUUGCUAAGCUACGCUUGGAAACUAUGGAGAGAUGGCACACCUUUGAAAUUGAUGGAUCCAAAUUUGGAAGAAUCUUAUUCAAGAAAUGAGGUCACUAGAUGCAUCCAUAUAGGCUUGUUGUGUGUCCAAGAAAACAUUGAUGCCAGGCCUUCCAUGGCAGCGGUAGUUUUGAUGCUCAGUAGUUACUCCUUUACUUUAUUAGUUCCUCAGGAACCAGCAUUUUUUGCCCGUAGCAUAAUGCAGCCAAACACACCAGAAGACCUAGACUCGAAUCAAUCUACAAGCAAGUCAUUGCCAUGUUCUGUGAAUGAACUAUCGAUUACUGAACUAGACACUCGAUAAUGUGAGAAAUCAAGGCAAUAUCAAGGUUCAAAGAUAGCUUAAUGGCAUGAGAUGAAUAUCAAUAGACUCAAAGUUGGACACACAUGAUAUAUUUCAACAUUUGAAAGAUUCAAAAUAAAAUAUAGGGGUUCAUGUUCUCUCUAGUGCCCUCCUAGCCUCAGCCCAAAAUUCAAAUGUGGUCAUUUUUGUUUGGAGAUUUAUUUAUUUUAGUUUGUUUUGUGCUUUUCUUUUUCAU